AUGGAUAUUGAUGAUGCUGCAUACACGGAGGAUGCAAAGAUCAAUGUCGUGGAGUCGGAUAAAGAAAAUGGCAAAAGAAAGCUCUUUGUUGGAUCUCAAGCUUUGAAUGUUCGUCGCGAUCAAAUGGAGAAAUUGUCACCAACAAAAGAUGGUAUUGUAGCUGAUUGGGAUAUGGUGGACAAUGUAUGGGAACAUGCUUUUAGGAAUUGUCUACUGAUUGAUCCCAAGGAGCACCCGAUGCUGCUAGCGGAGCCCCCUUUGAACACGCAACAGCAGAGAGAGAAGUCUCGUUUAUCUGGGCUGCUGAGCUAA